AUGGCGACCCCAACGGGCUCGCUCCUCUCUAUGUGUGCUGAAGGCGAGGAUAAUAAGACCGCCAACCGGAGUCCCGAAAUCGAUCCACUCCGCUGGGCUCAUGCAGGCGGCGCAGCGCAUCCACCGAGUCCGGGCCAACCUCCGGCUCCACGGCCCGCCCGCGCCGCCCACGAGGCCGGCCUCCGCGAGCUGGGCCUCCUCGACUUCGUCCGCCUCGACCUCCCCUCCUCCGGCGCCCCGCGCCCCGACCUCGUCGCCGAGCUCAACGCCAACCACAGAUCCGUCAACUUCGAUCUCGAGUCGAGCUCCGUCCGCGACGCCAGGAUCGAUCUCUCCAUCGGCGCGUUCGCGGAGGCGCUCCGCCUCCCAUGGCCGCCUACUGAAUCCCCCCCGGCCGGCGGCGUGGGCCUCGCCGUCGAGUCCGCCGCGGCGGUGGCGUUCGCGAAGGUGUACGUCAUGGCGCAUAUAGAAGCUGCUGUCAGCAGGAAGCAACGUCACCUGCGGAGCGAUUUGUUACCUAAUUUGGAGUGGGGCGGCGGCCAUGGGGUUAACUGGGCGACUCUGAUAUGGUGUGAAGCGAGGGACGAGAUGGCACACCUGGUUCAGAGGGACAGGAGUGACCAUGACUGCUACUAUGGCGCAUACCUGCAAAGGCUCAUUUGGUGGCAGAGGCCAGACCUCUUCCAGUUGCCGCUGGAGCCCGGCGCAUCGCGCGCCCAACAGCAACAGGCAAUUCGCACCAACCAAUCAGCUUCCGAUGAGAUCCAAACGCUCCGCUCGGAACUGCUGCUCAAGAUACAUCAGGUUGAAGUGAGAUCCAAGCAGAUCGAUUUGGCAUUAGAGAAGAUCGACGCCGCCUCCAAGGCCAUCGAUGCGACGUCCAAGAAAUUUGAUGCGAUAUCCAAGCAGCUGGAUGCGAGAUCAAAGCAGCUGGAUGCAAGGUCGGAGCAGCUUGGUGUGAUACCUGAACCAAACAUUGAGCAAGAAGGGGACGCUCACGCGCUCAAGCAGGUGCUGGCUGCCAAGGAGAAAAAAAGAAACGAUGACUUGCAAGACGCUUGGAAUGCUCGGAAAGUGCUGAUGUUGGCCUUGCCCUCGGAUAAGUCUACAAAUGCGCGUGCACAUAUAGGUGUCAGAUGGAUGGGUGAGCUUGACCCAAGAGCGUUUGCAAAUGCUUGCAGCAAAAAUGCAGCACAACAGGAUGCACAAGUUAAUUAUGAUACUCUUUGCUCCAAGUGGCAAGAUGAAAUUGCGAACCCAAAUUGGCGCCCGUAUAGGGUAUUCACUGUUGAUGGUAAAGAGACGAGAAUUCUCUCCAAGGAUGACACCAAGCUUCAGAAGUUAAAAGAAGAGCAUGGUCAAGAAAUCUACGCCUUGGUAACAAAUGCACUGCUUGAGAUCAACGAGUACGACCCCUGCUGCCGCGUAGGUGUACCAGAGCUGUGGAACAAGAAGGAUGGUCGAAGAGCAACACUGGAAGAAACCAUCCAGUUUGUCCUUGAACAGAAGCAGUCAAACAAGAGGAAGCGCUGAGCCCACUUACGAUUUAUCUGUGAUCUAGGGUGCUGCUGCUUUUGGUUGCCAUAAAACUAUUCGCACCUUGAACUUUAGACAUAGUGUAAUCAUAGUGCUAGUGGACUGUUUCAAGGUAUCAGCGGUUUACUGUUUCUUAGCCUUGACCCCCUUUUGUCGGCUAAGUCGAUCGAGCUUAGCUGGAUUUUCCUAUUGUAGCGUUCGCAUGGAUGCUAGUACUAAUCUAAAAUGUUGAUUUGCUCCU